AUGGCUGUACAAUAUACUCAGCUCAUGUUGUACGAAGACGCCGAUUCGGCUAUGCUGCGAAUGAUCGAGUGCUUUAUGGAAGCUGCGCCGCAACUGUUGCUCCAGUUGUACAUUAUCAUCACUCAGGGAACGCCGGAACACAAAGUUCA